AUGGUCAGCUCCGGUUCGGCAUUUGCCAGUUUGUCAGAAGUUUGGCAAUUAUUCUGGCUCAAGCCAGUCCAGGCCGAAAUGCAAAAGUGGCAGUUGGGUGGCAGAAUAUUAGUCACUUUCCUCUCAGCUAUUGUAUACAUCAUGGAUAAGGUCCCUACUCGAGUUGAUGGAAGGUUUAGGGUGGGAGAUGUGUUGGGGUUUGGCUCGUACGCUGUUGUGUAUCGCACAUGGAAUAUCAUCAAGGAUAACGCAGUCGCCAUCAAGCUUGAACCUAUCAACCACUCAUCUUCCGUGCAGCGUGAAUACCGCAUUUUGAAAAACCUUGAAGGUGGUAUUGGGAUUCCCUGUGCCCUUUGGAGACCAGCUGAUCAGUCGAAUGUUGUGGUGGGCCUUGGCGAUUUGAAGCACACCGCCUUUCUCAUUGAUUUUGGCACCGCAAAGGAAUUCUGGAACACAUCGACUAGGAGUCCAUAUACCAUUUUGCCAAGUGACCAAGAGAAGCUUUCCAGCUCUUCCAUACUCGAGCACAAAGUCAACACUACCAUCGAAGUUUUGUGUCAAGGAAUUCCUGUCCAAUUUGCAACAAUUCUCAUUUACAUGUGUGCUCUCACAUUCUCAGAGGACCCUGACUACAACCACAUUCGUUCCUUACUUUGUGUACUUCAUUCUACAUCACCUGCUCCAGCAAGCACACAGCUGGAUUUCAGCAAGCCUGAUGUGCCUACCACACAUCCCCUUCCAUGCUAUGAUGAACCCUGGGAAAUCAAGGCAGUGCCUUCAAGUCCAUGCCCGCCCGCCGCUUCACAGAUCAUCUUUUACAUGGUCACCCAUGGGCCACAGUCACCCACUGUCUGCACAAGGACCUUAUCCCAUCCAUUCUGUUGUGAUCUAGAGAGCCUCUGGGCCCUCUGCUGGAGUCAAUCGCCUCUAGCUACUUUGCUAGCGACACCUAUGGAUUUUCCAUCAGGGACUUGCAAUCACUGCACGUUGGCGUGCUCUGGGGUUUCCCAUGGUGAAAACCUAUAUAGACAGCACCACCAUGCCUCCUCGACGGAAGAACACUUUUGGGUUGCUCCCAAAGCUGCUCCUGCUCUCAUUACUGCCGCUCCUGCUCCCAUUACUGCCACUCCUCUUACUGCAACUCCUCUUACUGCAACUCCUGCUGUUGCUCCCAUUGCUGCUGCAGCAAAUGUGUCUGUGCUUCAAAAUCCCCCAAGACGUCGUCAGCUUCCUGUUAGAUUCAGAGAUAAUGGUUCAAAUCCCACUGCAGACAAAGGGGAAUCCUUUCACCUCGAGAACAUCUCUGAUGAUGAGGAAGAUGAAGCGGCCAACCCUCCUGCACUCACAGUAACGCCUGUUGUAUGCCCUAGUCCACUCCAGACUGCGAUGAAUACUGCCAGAACUGACCCUCUGGCCACUGGUGGCCGAGCCAAACCACCUAAAUCCUCUGCCGACGUUCAUUUCUUCUAUAGACAGGACCCUGUCACUUAG